AUGGCGAACGGAUCUCGAUUCGAUGCAUUGCUGAAUCAAGUUCAAAGUAAACUUGACCAGCUAGAAAAUGCGAAAGAAGAAUUCGAAUCGUAUGAUCUAGAGCAAAAAAAGAAUACUGUUUCAAGAGGACUUCGAGAAUUAAAUCAAUGUCAAAAUAAUAUUAUGGAAAUGGAUCGUCUUGUUCAAACAAUGCCAAUGAGAGAUAGAGAAUUCUUUGUUCAAGAUAUUGCAACGUGUAAAAGUUCCCAUAAAAAUCUGUUAGUUGCGUAUAACAAACUUGAUGAAGAAGUUAAGCGUCUUAUAUUAAUUGAUGAAGCUCAGAGAAAUUCUGGAGUUGAUCAAGACUCUUUAAAUCGUACUGCAGCAAAACUUGAUAACGCAAACCAAAAUCUUUCAGAAGCUAUCUCUCUUGGAGGUAAGGUUAUCGCAGGGCAAGAAAAAGCAAUGAACACACUAGCUGAAGAUCGUCAAGCACUUGUUCGAAUUGAUAAAAACGUUGAUAACAUCAUGGAUGAAACGAGUAAAGCUAACAAGCUGGCAAAUUCAAUGUGUGGUCGUGCUUGUUUGAAUGGUAGUUUAGCAUGGAUCAUCGCUUUACUUCUUGGAUUGGUAUUUGCCGCUUUAUUAAUUUUGAGGAUCCGCAAGAUCGGACCUUUCAAGAAAAAGGCCUAA